AUGCUCUUCGCCGCUCGCCGCUUCGUUGCCCGCGCGCCCGCCGCUCUGCGCGUGGCCCCCACGCCUGUCACCUCGGCCUCGCGACUCUUUACUUCGUCUGCACUCCGAUUCGCUGCCGGACCACCCGUAAUCCAGGGCGAGGGUGCCAAGGAGGGUGAGAUUCCCACCGACGAGCAGCAGGCUACCGGUCUUGAGCGCUUCGAGUUGCUCGGAAAGCUCCAGGGUGUUGAUGUUUUCGACAUGGAGCCUCUUCAGAUGACCCACCUUGGUACUACCGAAAAGCCUAUCAAGGUUAAGAGCUUCUGGCCAAGCCGAAUUGUCGGAUGCACCGGUUACCCCGCCGACUCGCACGACACCAUCUACCUUCACCUCAACAACCAGCUCAAGCACCACCGAUGCCCCGAAUGCGGUAGCGUCUACGAGAUGGACUUUGAAGGCGAUGCGAACGCCGGCCACCACUAA